AUGGAGAACAAGCAGCAAGAGCUAGACCACGUGGAUCCAGCAUCUGAGCUGGACAAAGAGAGCGAGGUUUCCACCCGAGAUGGAGCGGUCGCGUUUUUGGAGAAUCGUGGGGCCGUCGUAAAGAGCAAGUCGCCAUCGAAUGCAGCUCUACUGAAGGCUGGACUGAAGACUAACUUGUCCCCAGCGGAGGCAACAGCUCAGUUGCGUGUGCUGUGCCGGAAGUUCGCUGCUCUCACCGAGAAAGUGAAGGACGAGACAAAAGUCCGCGAAGCCGCGGAACGAGAAGUUCGUCGACUCAAAGCGUUGCUUGACAAAGAUUCAUCACCCGUUGUUGCGUCCUGCCGUGCCGAAACUCAAGCAUACGUUCGCGAGCUCAAAGAUAGCCAAGAGAAACUCAAGCGAGAGCUGCGAAUCGAAAAAGAGAAGAACGAGCGCGUCGUGGCCAAAGCGCUGGAGCUCGAGCGCGAAAAGAGCGCGCUUCUUGCUACUCAGUCGCAACAGCAGACGCAACCGACCACUCGAUCGCAGCAGGACGCGAGUUCUGGCAGCUUGAAGCACCAGUCCGCUUGGGAUAAGGAGCAAGUGUAUAAAAUUCAGUCGACACUCAAGCUCACGAUUGAAGAACUCGAAGAGGAGCUGUCGCGAAAAGAGGAGGAAGUUCAAACGUAUCGAGAGCGGUCUCAGCGCGAUCGUGUUCGGAUUAAAGCGCUUGAGGACGAGAUCCGCGCCAAGGACGAUGCACAACGCGCUGCUCAAGAAGCUCGACGACAGCUUGAAGCAGACUUACGACAGGCGCAGAACGACAUCACCAAUGAACUGGAAAACAUGCAGCGUAUCCACGACCAAGGUCAGGAAGACCGCGCGUUGCGAGACACACUGGAGCAGCAGUUGGUCACCCUAGGCGAAGUGAACGCUGCUCUGGAGCAACGCAGUCGCGCACUUGUACGCCGGUUGGAGCUAUCAGCGGCUGUGACACAGGAAUGUCAAGACCUCAAGCUUCAGCUGCGCGAUGCCGAAGUGGACAAUGAAACACUGAUCCAAACUGCAAGUAUUCGCAACCUAAAGGAUGAGCAGUUCGGGCGUGAAAAGGACUGGAAAAUGAGGUUAGAGAGCGCCAAGGAAGAGAAGGUCCAAGUGGAGCAGCAAGUCCGUGAGCUGCAGGAGGAUCUCGCCUCGCUCCAGGCGCAGAAUUCGCUCUUCUCCGAGUGGAUGCUGGUUCGCAAUGAAAACGCAAUAGCUGCGCAGCGUGAUACGCCUCAGGACCCGACUGAGUACCCGCAAGAGCCUCAACAAUCACAACCUCGGGCUGCAUCACCAACAGCCAAACGCAAGAGUUCUUCAUGGCAUUUGGAGCAAGACUACGACGCCGACUGCAGUAGUAGCAGCACGUAUGCUUGUCGUGACACCACCGGCACCAAUCUACGUGGACGUCGGACGGCUUCUCCACGAACAAGUGCUAGGAAUGAAGACGACGAUGACUCACACUUCAUUUUCUCAAAAACAAGCGUGCGCUCUCGUCCGAGUACUCCAGCAUCGCCACGGCUAUCGUCGUCGAGGAGGUGGCAGUCGGCUAAUCCUUUGAGUCCUCGUGGAGUAGCACGCACUCGUAACCUGGAGCGAACCAAGGCAACACCGCGUUCACCCCGCCGAAAGAUGUCGACGACAUCGAUAUCGUCCGCGUGCUCGUCGGCUACUUCGAUAACACCGAGUGCGUCUUCAUCCUCCGCUAGAGAUGACCACGAGCGGUUGCGGAAGCUCAUGAGCCGGAACCGCGAGCUACAGCAGCGACUGCAACAGGAAACGAUGGCCACGCAGAACCUAGAGCGAGAGAUCACCAACAUGACGUCCUAA